AAAGCAAAAGCCAGCGGUGAAGAUCCUCUAUUAGCAUUACUAGAUUGGAGGAACACCCCGACUGAAAAUAUUGGAACCUCACCAGCGCAAAGAUUAAUGGGUCGACGUACUCGUACAUUGCUUCCCACACAUCAGAGUCUUCUUAAAACACCGGAACAAAACGGAACAAAGAAGGAAUUAGAGAACCGCAAAGUAAAACAAGCAAGGUUGUAUAACAAGAAAUGUAAACCGCUUGAGCCCCUACAAAGUGGAUGCGCCAUUAGAAUGAAACUUCCAAGCGAUAACCGUUGGUCGCUUGGUACCUGCGUACGUGCACUCGAAAACCGAUCUUUCGAAGUCGAGGUUUGUGGAAGGCGAUAUCGCCGUCAUCUACGUGCGACCAAAGAGAUGGCACCACCUCCCAACGCGAAAGAUUCCCAAAUCGAACCGAGCGAGCCGAUCGAAAAGGACCUCACCCCAAGUUUACCAGUCGUGGAACAUAGCACCCCAACUAACCCUUUAACUCAUGAAACAGAAAAUGAAAAUCAGGUAGGCAGUUCUGGCAGUAAUGGAGGUCGAACGCCGAGUGAAAGUGACGCAGGACAAGAAGAGACAAUCCCUCGUCGAACUACGCGAGUGCGACGUUCGCCAGAUUGGCAUAAAGAUUACGAGAGACACUAA